AUCGUUACUAAUCUCACGGGCUCCUCUGGAUAUCUCUUUGAAGAGUUCGAAAACACUGGACACGGAACUGUGAUGACUCGUGAAACAUUGACGCUCUACCAGCUGGGGUACAACGCGGAGACACCGAUGUCGAUGGCCCCUCACGUCUGGAAGACACUGCUGCCGUUACGAAGACUAGGAGUCGAGUUCAAGCGCGAGCUUGUUACACUUACGCAACUUAGGGAGGAACUUCCGCAGAAGUUAGGGUAUGAGAAAGUUACCCUGCCGACCUUGUUGAUAACGGCAGAGAAUGGAAGUACGUCGACGGUCAUGGACUCGUAUCGCAUUGCACAGUACCUCGAGCAACGAUUCGCAGCGUCAACGGUAUCGCUGUUUGCACCAGCGUGUGACGGCCCACCAGAAGAUGUGAUAGCCGGACGAAACUUUGCAAGGUUUAUGGAAGAAUUCGUCGACAAAGAUCUUGCACAUGAACUCCGACCGUGUGUUUUGCACACUUCUUACGCCACAUUCGCCACAGAAGGACCGAUGCACGACCCUAAGAGCCGUGCCCACUUCCUGGCAAAAUGUGGGCAGGAUAAGAUGGAUGAGCUGACGGCUUGUAACUCAGACUUGGCCUGGAAGGAGGACCAGUAUGCGAAAGCACGGAAACAAAUGGGAAUCAUCAAUUCCAUACUUAAAGAACGCUUCGAAGCUGGUAUAGAGGACAUCUUCCUCGCGGGCGCUAAACCUACCCAUGUCGACUUCGUCAUCUUCGCGUUCUACCCCUACUCUCUUACGAACUCCGAUCUCGUCCGUAAUACAUGGCGGCACCCUUCACUUCCUUAUAUCGGAAAAUGGCUGGAUGCGAUAUUUGACAGCGGUUUGGUGAGAAGGGAGGAGCUUUGGCCGGAACCUGAUGUCACACGAGAGUAGGAACCUCCGGGUACAUUCAUCCUUCCGAAGGCUAAAGGUAUGGUGUACGAAUCUGUACAGGUACCGGUUGUAGGCAGUGGGUUAAGUCGGAGGCGGCAUCGGUGUUUUGGCCAUGACGGUCCGAUGCAUCUGUAUGGACAAUUUUCUGUUACUUUUCAGGGAGGAAUACACGGCCAUGGAGCGCC